AUCCCAGCGCAUGUACUUAAGCGCCUCACUCCAAAGUCUAGAGCAUGCGUCGAGCGUCUGAGGACAUGUCGAUUGGAUAGACCUGACCUCUCUCGACAACCAACUUCCAAACUCGCAGCUGUGCUUGUUCUGUUGUACGAGCAAGCUGGAGAGCUUAGGGUCUUGUUGACGACACGGUCCAAGUCACUCCGUGCACAUCCAGGACAGACAGCGUUACCUGGUGGGAAGGCAGAUGAAGGAGAUGGAAGUUUAGUCUGGACUGCUCUUCGCGAAGCAAAUGAAGAAGUCGGUCUUCCUCUUCCGCCCACAUCGUCAAACAUACAUUUUAUCACGACACUCCCGCCUUUUCUCUCUGCAUCGCAGUUGUUGGUGACGCCUGUUGUCGUGCUUUUAUCUUUGCCGCUUCCGAGUCAACUCGUUAAAGUCGAUAGGAUAUUCGAUCACCCACUCGAAGCGAUAUUGGACCCUCGUAUCUUGUCGAACAAGGGGGAGAUGCUCGUGGAUGUGGGAGAGGACUGGCCAUAUAAUGCUGGGGAUUUGUAUAACCCGUCCGACGUCCGCCUCGACGCAUUUGAUGGACUUAUAUAUAGGAUGCACCGGUUCAGAACAUGCGCAUCUCCUAUAAAGGGGCUUACAGCUGAUAUCUUGAUCACAGUCGCUGAACUUGCAUACGAGCGCAAACCCGUCUACGGACGAUACCCACCUGAUUCAAGUUCUGGGUCAUCCCUUGAAGACAGGAACUCGGAAGGGGGGGCGUAUCAAGCACUUGUGAGGAGGCGUGUGGAAGAGAACGAGAGGGCUUUUGAGAUUGCUGUUGAGGAAGGCAAGCAGACGCGAUUGACAGCAAAGGCGGAUGGGGCUACUGGGAGCGCAUUUCUGGCAGUGACUAGGAUUGGUGCCGUAGUAUAAUCUGUAGAUAUCAUAAUCACUAGUUCUAUACGUGCUCUACACAUGCACAUAUAUCAUAGAUGGUAUGAUCCGACUUGAAACGCAUCAUUCCCACCGAAAGGUAUUCGACAAUCCCCCAAGCUUCAGUACAGUUUUAGAGAUGCAAUGCAAAUGGUCCAUGGAUGA